AACCAAAAUGUAACGUGAUCAGUUCCUGUCAGGGGAAAUCGUGCCUUUUAGGGACGUAACGAUCUGUAAGUGACCGGAAAGGAAGCCACAGAUUUUAGAUGUGUGUAUGCACAGGGAACAUUUUGAAUGCGAUGCUAGAUUUGUGAAGCUGAAAUUUAAAAAUUAAGCGUUAGUAUUUGUUCAGGCAUUGAGACACGCCUUUGUUUUGAAUCUCAGAGAAGAAAGAGCCAUGGCGAAGCUUAAGUACAUGAUACCGAUCAUCACAUUGCUCUGCGUGCUUGUUAUAAUUUUGUGUGUUGUACUUUUGAGGCCCGAGUGCCUGAAAGCUGCAGUGGCCGCAGACUCUCUCAAAUGUUCAGAGAUUGGACGAACAAGCACUUCACCUUCUGCUUUGCCAGACAGGGACAUUCUUCAGAAAGGCGGCUCUGCAGUAGAUGCUGCCAUUGCUGCGCUGCUGUGCACCUCCAUCAUUAACCCACAGAGUGCGGGCAUCGGAGGCGGGGUCAUAUUCACUGUGAUGGACAGCUCUGGUAAAGUGAAAAUUAUCAACUCCAGAGAGACUGUCCCCACAACCACAAGCCCUGACCUGCCUCAGACAUGUCCCAAGGACUAUAGCUGGAAAGAAGAUAGCAGAUGGAUUGGGGUUCCUGGGGAAAUUCGAGGUUAUGAAGCAGCACACAGGCUUUAUGGGAAGUUGCCGUGGGCUGAACUCUUUCAGCCGACCAUCAAACUGGCCAGAGAAGGGUUUCCUAUUCCUUAUGUCCAAGGUCUAUACAUCCCACGCACUGCUAAUACGUCACUACGGGAGUUAUAUUUAGAUAAAAAUGGGAACAUACUUAAGACUGGUGAUAUUGUGAAAUUUGAGAAACUGGCUGACACUUUGGAGACGAUCGCAAACGAGGGACCAGAUGUGUUUUACAACGGAACAAUAGCAAAGAAUUUAAUCAGUGACAUACAGAAAGCAGGAGCAAACCUCACACUGGAGGACUUGGCAUCAUGUAAAGCUAAUGUGACUGAUGCGUGGAAUAUUUCUUUAGGAGAUUAUAAGAUGUACUUCCCUCCACCCCCUGCAGGAGGAGCCAUCCUCAGCCUCAUCCUCAACAUCAUGAAAGGAUAUAAAAUGAACUCAGAACCUAAGAUGACCAAUGAAAAGAUAUUAUUUUAUCACCGUUAUAUUGAAGCUUUAAAAUUUGCCAAUGGAUUAAAGAAACAUAUCAGAGAUCCAGAGUUCAACUCAGAAGAAUUCAAACAGAUGACCGAGAAAUUCACAGAGGAUAGCUUUGCCAACCACAUACGCAGCUUGAUCACUAACAAGACUCAUGAGCGCCAGUAUCACAGCAUCACUCCGUAUCUGGAGAGCAUGGGUACCGCACAUGUGUCUGUGCUGGCUGAGGAUGGAUCCGCUGUGUCUGCCACCAGCACCAUCAACCACAUAUUUGGCUCCAGAGUCUUUUCUCCAAGCACUGGAGUCAUCCUCAACAACGAGGUGUAUGACUUCUGUCAUAAAAUUGAUAGCAUCUCUCCUGGAUCCAGCACUGAUUCCUGACGCCGUGGGAAGCCAGCACCGAAGUCUGUGCACAGCCCUCUUAGACGAGGCCGAAAGACCUGGGAUGCUAAAAUUCGGGUCCAGGCCGGUGUUUUUAGUCUGGUCCACGGCGGUGGGAUUCAGUCUGGCGAUCCGAACCACCAGUGAGACGUCUGAGGGUGAGAGAAACACUAUUUUGGUUAGGAAUCGCCGUAAUGAACCGAAUAACAAACAAAAUAGAAAAAUAAAAUAGGUUAGGAUUCGCCAAAAUGAACCGAAUUAGAUUUAGGUUUUAGAAGUAGCCGUAAUUACUUCAUAACAAAUUGUAAAGGCGCGCAAAUGUCUAUGUGUGUAUGUGUCUAGAAGUAAGUUGUUUUUACAGCACAAUACGCUGCUGAACUACUUCUAUUUUAUUUUGUUGUUUGCUUGAGGCUCACGUACUGGUGACAGAGGAGAAUGGUUGAGUUUCGUCUCAUAAAACUGAUACCACUUGACCUUUAGGGUCAAGUCGAAGGCCGUAUCAGUAAACCACUCUGAAGUCAAGCGUGUCAGUGAAGGCCCAGCAAAAUCUUUAAAAAUGGGGAAUAAACAAGCAAAAUUAACACCUGAUGAGGGAUGGUUAGAAAAACAACAAACCGGAGCAGGAGUAAUCCAAAAGAAGGGGAGAGGAAUGGAGAGGACGACAGGCAAAAAAGAGUAAAAGCAUUAACAAACAAAGAAGACAGUGACUCAGAACAGGAUAGCAGCUCAGGUGAAGAGAAUAGUUCAGAUCAGGAAGAACAUAAUAAUCCCUCACCAAGUGAAAAAUUCAAGAUCAAAGUAGAAGUUUAAAAAGGGCUGGAAACAGACCCGACUGAAUACAUAUAGA